AUGAGUUUUGAUUCUCUGUAUCCAAACCCUACGCCUGGAACCCCCGAGACAGUGCGCGGGAGCCGUGGGUCCGGCUGGGGAGCACGACGGCCCCCGGGCCUGGUGCUCACCCACAGCAGUAGGUGCUUAUCCGUAGAGAACAUCGUUCCGGCACACCGGCCUCCUAGUCUGGGAAGCGGCAGAGCCACCGGCCCUCCGGCCGGGUCCAGCGGGCUGCGCGACCCCCGGGGCGGGCCGUCUGCGCCUGCCCCCCCUUAUCCUCCCUCCCCGGCGCAUAUAGCCGCGGGGUCAGCCCACUCUCCCCGACGGCGCCGGGCGGCGGACAGUACCGAUCGGCUGCUCCUGCGCCUCUAUCCCACCCCGCAGCGGCACCCCCAGACACACCCGGGUGUCUGCCUCUCCGCUUCCCGACAGCUCGCUCCCUACCUUCUUCCCUUCCCGCCCCGCCCCGACAUGGCUCUGUACCUGGCGGGCGAGUUUGUCCCCGGAGACUACAGAGACGAGCUCGGGACUGCCUACUACCUCCCUUUCCACCCUCCCGCCCAGUACUUCGAAGCGGCCCCCGACUUCUUCCAGCCCCUAAAAUCCCUGGGUGGGAUGCUCCCCGCCUCCCCGCCUUUGCCCCAGUACAGCUUCAGCAGGGCCCCCACUUUUCUGAGCCAGCCGCCCCCCCUGCCCGCAGAGCCCUUUCCCGGUCUCCCUUUGCCCCACUACGCCAAGCCGCAGGACCCCUUCUCUCCCAAGGAAGACUCGCUCGUCGGGGCAGGGGCCCUUGGCUCUCCGGCACAGCUCUAUUUGAGCGCCCCGCACAAGGCUGCCCGCAGCCCGGAGGCCGGAGCGCCGGAGGGACAGAACCACAGGUACCACUUCACCGAGGAGGAGCUCAACACGGUGCUGUACGGGGCGCUCCGGAGCAGUCAGCUGGCCGGGAGCAUCCACGCCAUCUCGGGGCCCCGGUUGCCCCCUGCCAGCACGGGUAAGGGGUUCUCCUGCGCCCCGCUGCUCAACAGGGACUCGCUGCAGAUGCCGGAAGGGCUCUCGGUGCUGCAGGUGGAGUACGGGGACUUGUCUCAGGUCGGAGUCUUCUGCACAGACCCCAUCCCCAAAGGAGUCCGCUUCGGCCCUUUCCAAGGCAAAGCGGUCAGCAUCAGCGAGAUCAAGAUUUACGACGACAACUCACUGAUGUGGGAGAUCUUUGAAUGCGAUCGCCUGAGCCACUUCAUAGACGGGAAAGGUGCCUCUGGCAACUGGAUGUCUCUGGUGAACUGUGCCAGGUACCCCGAGGAGCAGAACUUGACAGCUAUCCAGUGCGAGGGGCAAAUAUUCUACGAGAGCUGCAAGGAAAUCUUGCCGAAGCAGGAGCUCCUGGUGUGGUACGGAGAUUGCUACGUGCAGUUCCUGGGCAUCCCGAUCAGCCUGAAGGACGGGGAGGAGCGGAAGAAGCAUCCGGACGACCCCGAAGAAGCCGGGGAAAGCUUUAAGUGUGACCGCUGCGGCAAGGUUUUUGCCUACAAGUACUACCGGGACAAGCACCUCAAGUACACCCGCUGUGUGGACCAGGGGGACCGCAAAUUUCCUUGUAACCUCUGCAACCGAUCCUUUGAAAAAAGAGACAGGCUGAGGAUCCAUGUUCUCCACGUUCAUGAAAGACAUCGACCUCACAAGUGCUCAGAGUGUGGAAAGAGCUUUUCUCAGUCCUCCAGCCUGAGCAAACACAUGAGGGUUCACUCUGGGGAACGCCCCUACAAAUGUGUGUACUGCAACAAGGCAUUCACGGCGUCCAGCAUCCUGCGCACUCACAUCCGCCAGCACUCAGGAGAGAAGCCCUUCAAGUGCAAGUACUGCGGCAAAGUCUUUGCCUCACACGCAGCCCACGACAGCCAUGUGAGGCGCAUGCACAGCAAGGAGGAGUGCACUUGCUCCGUGUGCGGCGUGCACUUCCUGGGGCAGGAGGAUUACCAAGUCCACCUGAAGGUGCAUGAUGCUCAUUAGUCAAGAACCCUGUGGACAUGUCUUGGGCCAGCUUAUGUGUGUAUCUGUCUAUAUGUGUAUGUGUUUGUUCAUAGUUUUGUGCACAUCGCAGGAGGUGACACUUACCCUCAUAGUGACUCUUUGGGUACAUUCAGUCCUCUGGACCCUGGGCAUAGUUUCUCACCUGGGUGCACUGAUGCCACCCUGGACUGGGGUAAAAUCCAAGAUAUGCUACCCCACCUUCCCCUUCUCCCAUACAUUAAUUUUCUCAACAGAGAAACACAGAGAGGAGGAAUUUCACCUCCCACGAACCUUUUGUGCACAAAUACCACUGUGAAGAGUGUUUCCAUGUCUCUAAUGUACCACAUCUGUGGACUGCCUGGUGCAAUGCAUACCAAAACUUGUGUGAGGGAUGAUUUUAACAAGUGCAUUUCCCAAAGCCAAUUUAACCUCUUUGUUUUGUUAGGAUGCAUGACCAAGUAUGGGGUCUACUUCACCUUAACCUGCAAGUCUUUUAUGUU